AAAAGAAAAAAAAAACAUUUCAAUUUUAGAAAAUAGAAACGGUGUUUGACUCUGCAAAGUGCAAAGCAGUGAGGAAGAGGGUAACUUAGAUCUGAGAAAGCUAAGAACUCAGUGCCCUGACGGAAAAUGUCUCCACACCUUCCUGAUUUCCAUGUCUAAUUCGACCUUUUCCGUCUGAAUUUUCUUCUGGGUUUUCCUUCAUUUCCAUUCCAACCCAAUCACAAUAAGAUCCCUAAAAGAAGAUAUAUAUACAUAUAUAAUAAUGCAAAGACCUUAUUUUCACAAGCUGAUUGUCUUGUCCAUCAUCCAAGCCAAACAACUGAGGAUCCCGGAUAAUUUUGUCAAGAAAUUCAGGGAUGAGCUUUCAACUGUUGCUACAAUCACUGUUCCUGAUGGUCAUAUAUGGCGUGUAGGAUUGAAGAAAGCUGAUAACAGAAUAUGGUUUCAUGAUGGUUGGCAGGAUUUUGUUGAUCGUUAUGGCAUCCGUCUUGGUUACCUCUUAAUAUUUAGAUAUGAAGGGAAUACAACUUUCAAUGUUUUUAUAUUUAAUUUGACAACAUCCGAGAUCAAUUAUCAAGGAAAUUCUAUGCAUAGCUCUCAAGCCAUUUACAACAAUAGAUAUCAAAUCUUUGAAGAAAUGGAAGAUGAUUCUGAUGAAAUAGUGGGUUUUUCAUCUGGGCGUAUGGCAACUGGUCCUUUGAAAGCUAAGCUUCUUGGUGAACGUGCAGAGCAAAUGACACAAGGCAAGGUUUUCAAUCCCCCAUCUCUACAGAAUUUGUUCAAUGGCUCUAAACUUAACUGCAUAAAUUGGGGCAAUGAAGGGAAUUUGGAUCCAGCAAAGGGUGCUGGCAAUUUCCAAGCACAAAAUCAAUUGACUCAUGGUGUAGGUGUUCAGUUCAAUGUUAUGGAGUCUAAAAAGUCCGGGGGGGAAGUCAAAAUGAACAAUUCUGAAGAAGAAUUGCGAAGGUCUAAAAAAGCUGGGAGGAAAAAGCGAAAAAUUGAUUCUAAUGGGCAGGAGUCUCCCAUCAAACAUGAUGAGACUGAUAUGCGCUUUAGAUUUUAUGAAAGUGCUUCUGCAAGAAAGAGAACUGUGACUGCUGAAGAAAGAGAAAGGGCUAUUAGUUCAGCCAAAACAUUUGAGCCCACAAACCCUUUCUGCAGGGUUGUAUUGCGACCUUCGUAUCUGUACAGGGGAUGUAUAAUGUACUUACCAUCCUGCUUUGCGGAAAAGAACUUAAAUGGAGUUUCCGGAUUCAUCAAACUUCAGACGUCUGAUGGUAGACAAUGGCCUGUUCGGUGCCUUUAUAGAGGAGGUAGAGCUAAACUAAGCCAGGGUUGGUAUGAAUUUUCGUUGGAGAAUAAUUUUGGGGAAGGUGAUGUUUGUGUCUUUGAGAUGCUCAAGAUGAAGGAAGUUGUGCUUAAGGUUACAGUUUUUCGUGUGCUUGAAGAUGCAGGACUCUUGAACCAUCCAUCUCACCACACUGUCAGCAGUAGCAAACUAAUUAGAAAUUGAUGGCUGGUAUAUAAUCAUAUGAUAAACUGUAUCAAAUGAUGCAUGUCCUUUAGGUAUCUGAUUUGUUGAUGUGGAAUCUUGGUGCUGUUCAGUAGUCAGUAUACUCGUCCAAAAUGACUUCAUAGCUUUCUGUUCUUUCUUUCUUUUUCUUUUUUUCAUGGCUAGUCGUUUCGGUACAAAUUUUGUUCAUCGUUAUUAGAUCUGUAAAUAGCUUGUGCAAUCUAGUUGAAUGUCAAACUGGACUCGUUAUUGAUCCUAAUUACAUCUCUCUCUUGAUGUUGGAUUCUGAAGAUUGAACACUAGUUUUUCAUGUCAUUUUGGCUAUGAUACUUGUGUGUCAAUUUUGUAUAUAUAAACAUGUAAAUUGGAACCUUUUCCCUUA